GGGCUGUAUAAUGAAUUUUAAAACUGUUAAGAUGUCCAUGAAUCGAGAUGGCCCAGUGGGCCCGACAAGAGGUAUUUAUUCUGUGCGUUGCGUCUGUGCGCCUAAUAAACGACUGAGCUUUAAGUUUACUUAUUUUCUAUGAAAUGUGAGAAGCCCACUAGAGUCCAGCAAGCCAGCGACGUUCCAAUUCCCAUUUUUACCCUUGUUCCACCUCCAGUCAGACGAACCGCUUCUCCCCGGCUUGACCCUUGUCGUACUCGUCGAUGGCUCCGGUGAAGCAGAAGAAGAAGAAUAAGAAGAAGCCUCUGGAUAAGGCGAAGAAGUUGGCGAAGAAUAAAGAGAAGAAGAGAGUCAACGCAGUGCCAUUGGAUCCGGAGGCUAUCGACUGCGACUGGUGGGAUACUUUCUGGCUCCGAAACUCUUCUCCCUCAGUCCCCUCAGACGAAGACUAUGCGUUCAAGCACUUCUUUAGGGCUUCUAAGACAACUUUUAGCUACAUUUGCUCGCUCGUCAGGGAGGACCUUAUCUCUAGACCUCCCUCUGGUCUCAUCAACAUCGAGGGAAGGCUUCUUAGUGUUGAGAAACAAGUCGCCAUUGCUCUUCGAAGGUUAGCUUCCGGUGAUUCUCAGGUCUCCGUUGGUGCUGCCUUUGGUGUUGGCCAGUCCACUGUUUCUCAGGUUACAUGGAGAUUCAUCGAGGCACUCGAAGAACGUGCCAAGCAUCAUCUUAGAUGGCCAGAUUCUGACCGAAUUGAAGAGAUCAAGUCAAAGUUCGAGGAGAUGUACGGUCUCCCCAAUUGCUGCGGAGCCAUUGACACUACGCACAUCAUCAUGACUCUCCCGGCUGUGCAAGCAUCAGAUGACUGGUGUGACCAGGAGAAGAACUACAGCAUGUUCUUACAAGGAGUCUUUGAUCACGAGAUGAGAUUUCUCAACAUGGUUACCGGCUGGCCUGGCGGCAUGACCGUCUCCAAGCUUCUCAAGUUCUCUGGCUUCUUCAAACUCUGUGAAAACGCUCAGAUUUUAGACGGCAAUCCUAAAACUCUAUCCCAAGGAGCCCAGAUUAGAGAAUACGUUGUUGGAGGGAUCAGUUACCCGCUUCUUCCCUGGCUUAUAACUCCUCACGACAGCGAUCAUCCCUCUGAUUCCAUGGUGGCGUUCAACGAAAGGCAUGAGAAGGUGAGGUCAGUCGCAGCUACUGCCUUUCAACAGCUUAAAGGAAGCUGGAGGAUUCUGAGCAAAGUUAUGUGGAGACCAGACAGGAGGAAGCUACCUAGUAUAAUACUGGUGUGUUGUUUGUUGCAUAACAUCAUUAUCGACUGUGGGGAUUAUCUUCAAGAAGAUGUUCCUUUGUCUGGUCAUCACGACUCCGGUUAUGCAGACCGGUACUGCAAGCAGACCGAGCCGCUUGGUAGUGAGCUCAGAGGAUGUCUGACUGAGCAUUUGCUUAGGUGAGGAUCUUAACCUUGGGAAUUGGACAUCUUCAUCUCUUCUCUAAGGCCGUACUAAGCCCGUUAGACCAUUCAGCAUCAGUUUAGUGGUAGCCCGAGACAUAUCGGACAAAAGCAAUGUUAUGAAACUUUUCUUCAGGUAUCAACACCAGAUUAACAUCAUGCCAGUUGGACCUACAAAAAUAGAUUCAUCCUUAAGUGUGAUUACCAUACUUUGUGAACUACUAAUCUUUUGAGAGGAGUGGACUAUAUCCCCAACGGAACUGUUUGUUUUGGCAAUGUAAAUGUUAUUUUUUUAAUAAUAAUUGGUGUUUUCUUUUAGUAUUGAGUUGUUGGGUUCCAUUAUAUUCGC